AUUGUGGUUGAAAUUCUAGAAGUCACCAAUUCAACAUCAUCAUGAAGCUAGUUAGCAAAAAUGUGGACAAGGGCCAGGGCACUGUGAUCCUAAUACCCGAAGAAUCCGAAGAUAUGUGGCAUGCAUAUAAUCUCAUUGCCGAGGGUGAUAGUGUUCGCAGCACAACAAUACGUAAAGUCCAAAAUGAAACGGCGACAGGUUCCAGCACCAGCAGUCGGGUACGAACCACCUUAACCAUUACCGUGGAAACAAUCGAUUUCGACACACAAGGAUGUGUUUUACGUCUGAAAGGACGUAACAUUGAAGAGAACCAAUACGUUAAAAUGGGUGCCUAUCACACGCUAGAUUUGGAGUUAAAUCGUAAAUUUGAAUUACGUAAACCGGAAUGGGAUUCGAUAGCAUUGGAACGUAUCGAAAUGGCAUGUGAUCCUACACAAUCGGCUGAUGUGGCGGCGGUGGUCAUGCAAGAGGGUUUAGCUCAUGUUUGCCUUAUAACACCGAGUAUGACAUUGGUGCGCAGCAAAAUCGAAGUUAAUAUACCACGGAAACGAAAGGGUAACAUACAACAACACGAAAAGGGUCUGAGUAAAUUCUACGAAAGUGUUAUGCAGGGUAUUUUGAGGCAUGUCAAUUUCGAUGUUGUCAAGUGUGUAUUGGUAGCCUCGCCGGGCUUUGUAAAAGACCAAUUUAUGGAAUACAUGUUCCAACAGGCUGUAAAACUUGAUAUUAAGUUGUUGCUGGACAACAAAAGUAAAUUUAUGCUUGUCCAUUCCUCGUCUGGUUUUAAACAUUCACUGCGAGAGGUAAUGCAGGAACCGGCUGUAAUGUCAAAAAUCUCCGAUACAAAGGCGGCAGGAGAAGUCAAAGCGUUGGAACAGUUCUACACCAUGUUGCAGUGUGAACCGUCUAAGGCUUUUUACGGCAAGAAACAUGUUACGGCAGCCGUUGAGGCCCAAGCUGUUGAAACGCUACUCAUUUCGGACAAUCUGUUUCGUUGUCAAGAUGUCAAUUUGCGCAAGGAGUAUGUACAGCUGGUCGAAAAUGUUCGUGAUGCCGGUGGUGAUGUGAAAAUAUUUUCCAGUAUGCAUAUUUCCGGUGAACAAUUAUCACAAUUAACCGGCAUAGCUGCAAUAUUGCGUUUCCCUAUGCCUGAACUGGAAGAGGACUCGGAUGAUGAUGCCAAUGUUGAUUCGGAUUCAGACUAAGCAGAGAGUUUUUUG